UGCGGUGGGUUGAGAGAGCAGGGGAGGAGGCAGAGGAACUUCAUAGGGCGGUCACAUAAAAACUGCCUGGAGAACUGGAUGCGGGCUCAGUCGGUGAUGUUCUCCUUGCUCGACUAGACUUGGUUGGAGCUACAGACAUCCGCGUUCGCACUGGACUCGGUUGCUUUCUCCUACGUGAUGCGGAACUAAUGAUCUAAACACUCGCUUCGGGCUUGGACUUUUGUUACGCGAGGUGAACUCCUAAGAAAACUCGGUUUCGCCGUCUUCUCGUCCUGGAAUACCGUGCGCUUCUCUACCAAUGGAAAGGAAUCUGACCGCAGUUCUUAAACAGCCUUCCAGGACCACGUAACAUUCACUCGAGGAACUCAUCCUGUAUCAGUUCUCGACAAACAUGGACUGUUUUCCCAUGCUUUAUUUUCUGUCGAGACAUCAUGAUUCCUGGUAAUCGAAUGCUGAUGGUCAUUUUAUUAUGCCAAGUCCUACUGGGAGAGAGCAGCUAUGCUAGUCUAAUACCCGAGGAAGGGAAGAAGAAAGCGUCGGCUCAGCACCUGGGUCAGAGUCAUGAACUGCUGCGGGACUUUGAAGCCACGCUGCUGCACAUGUUUGGGCUGCAGAAGCGACCGAGACCCAGCUACUCGGCUGUGGUGCCCCAGUAUCUGCUGGACCUGUAUCGCCUCCAGUCAGGGGAGGCCGAAGAAGCCGGAGGGGCCCACCACGUGAGCUUCGACUAUCCCGAGAGGUCCACGAGUCGAGCAAACACUGUGAGAGGAUUCCAUCACGAAGAGCACAUGGAAGAGCUGCAGUCAGACGGCUCACCGGAGACUCCUCUGCGCUUCGUCUUCAAUCUCAGCAGCAUCCCAGAGGAAGAACUCAUUUCUACCGCAGAGCUUCGUAUCUACAGGCAACAGAUAGAUGAUGCAAUCUCAGAUCCCCGACCCACGGGAGACGACGCUCUCCACCGGAUAAACAUAUACGAGGUGCUGAAGCCUCCGCGGGCCGGGCAGCUCAUCACCCAGCUGCUGGACACUCGACUGGUGCGCCACAACACCACCCGGUGGGAGAGCUUCGACGUGAGUCCGGCCGUGCUGCGCUGGACCCGAGACAAGAGCUCCAAUCACGGCCUGGCCGUGGAGGUGGCGCCCCUGGACCCAGCCUCGCGUCACCGGGGGGCCCACGUCCGCGUCAGCCGCUCCGCGCGCCCGCUCCCGGACGCAGACUGGAGCCAGCUUCGCCCGCUGCUGGUCACGUUUGGACACGACGGCAAAAGCCACCCGCUGACCCGCCGAGCCAAGCGCAGCCCGAAGCAAAGAGGCCGCAAGCGCAACCGCAACUGCCGGCGGCACGCGCUUUACGUGGACUUCAGCGACGUGGGCUGGAACGACUGGAUCGUGGCGCCGCCCGGAUAUCAGGCGUACUACUGCCACGGGGAGUGUCCGUUCCCUUUGGCCGAUCACCUGAACUCCACCAAUCACGCCAUUGUGCAGACGCUGGUGAACUCGGUCAACACCAACAUUCCCAAGGCCUGCUGCGUUCCCACCGAGCUCAGUGCGAUCUCCAUGCUCUACCUGGACGAGACGGACCGGGUGGUGCUGAAGAACUAUCAGGAGAUGGUGGUGGAGGGAUGCGGCUGCCGCUGACACUUAUUUAUAACGUCCGUGUUGAGAUGUGUGUUUCGUGUCUCCUCGAUCGUAUAUUUUGACAAAAAAGUAUAUAUAUAAAUAUAUAUAUUUAUAUCGACAUAAUUAAAACAAAAAAAGAAAAUAAAAGCGUCCUUAUUUUAAUUAUAAUUCAGCUGUACAGCUUUUCAUAAUGUAUAUCAGACUGUAUAAGGGUUUUUUCUAUGAGUUAGAAGAAUUAGCCACUAAAAAGUUUAUUUACUGGUAGUAUUUAUUUCUUUAAUGCAAUAUCCAUUCACCAAAUGCGUAGCCCCGGCGACCCCUCUCAGAAAGCAUCGUUUGUGUACUUAAAAGAAAUAGAGCACUGUGUGAAAUGAUUUUCUUGCUAUAUCGGAUGAAGAGAUCAGAUGUGUAUUGAUGUGCAUAGGCAUGUGAUUCACAUGUUCCCCAAAUAACUUUGUUGUUAAAUAAAUUGUGAAACAUUCCAACAA